GGCAGAUCUUUAUGGACCCACACGUAGGCAUGGUACUGUAGCUUUAAUAAGGGAGUCCUAUUGUAAGGACUCUUUCCAAACUCGCUUCUUGGCUUUUUAAGUGACGGAACCGUGGUGUAAUUUGAGAGCAGAGAGAUCCUAGGGAUAGCAUUAGCCAAAAGCAAAGCUCCACAUUGCCAGUCCAGAUGUGAAAGAAUAGUAGCAAAGGUCUCCGGAGCCCCAGACCGAGCUAUCUGAUCUCAGCCUUCCUCUGCACCCCCUCGGCUUUGCUACAUUUCCUCGGCAAGAGAAAAGAGGGGGAAGAGGGGGGGAGAAGAAAAUCACCAAGUUUUGGUUGAGACCUGGAAGAGGGGCGGGGGCUGGGAUCCCCGACGUAAGUCCGGGCAGUAGGGGAUCUUCCAGAGGAUCUCCUCUGGCUUGGGAGCCCUGGAUGCAACUGGGAGCCAAGUCAGUGCCUUUAAUGAAGCAUGCUGAGUCUGUGAGGAGUGGCUGGAGGAAGCGGACUGCCUUAGCUGCCGCGGCUCCCUAAGCUGCCCUGAUCAGGGGGGUAGCCGGGCAGGGUCGUGUGCGCCUGUUUGCUCCCGCCGAUCCCUCUGCGCCCCUUCCGAGCCCCUGUGGCUCACUCCCGCCCCCGGGAUGCUGGGGCUGCGCUUGCUGUGGGUCAGCUGCCUGGGCAGCCUGUGCCGAGGCUAUUUCGACGGUCCCCUGCACCCGGAGAUGUCCAACGGGACCCUGCACCACUACUUCGUGCCGGACGGCGACUACGAGGAGAACGACGACCCGGAGAAGUGCCAGCUGCUCUUCAGGGUGAGCGAGCACCGGCGCUGCAGCCCGGGCGGGGAGCAGGGGCCGGCGGGCGGCUGGCCCAGCCUCACCCUGCGGGACGAGUUCACCAUCCUGGGCCGGCAGGUGGAGGACGCGGGCCGGGUGCUGGAGGGCAUCAGCAGGAGCAUCUCGUACGACCUGGACGGGGAGGAGAGCUACGGCAAGUACCUGCGCAGGGAGUCCCACCAGAUCAGCGACGCCUACUCCAACUCCGACAAGUCCCUGGCCGAGCUGGAGAGCAAGUUCCGGCAGGGCCAGGAGCACGAGAGCAAGGAGGAGAGCCGCCUCAAUGAUGACUUCCUGGCCAUGCUCGUCCACACCCGGGCCCUGCUCAAGGAGACCCUGGACAUCUCCGCGGGGCUCCGGGAUAAGUACGAGCUGCUCUCCUUAACCAUCAGGAGCCACGACGCCAGGCUGGCCAGGCUCAGGAACGAGUAUCUCAAAGGGUGACUCCCCGGGGCAGCAGAGACCUGGGCGUUGGGUUGGGAAACAGCUUCUCGUGGGGGCUACUAGGAGCAGUGGGCACAACGCUGGGAGUCCCACCUGCGGGCUUCUCCUUGGAGCGGAAGUGACAUUGACAAAACCAAGCCAAACCUACAAGCCUAGCGUCACCUCGGUGCCCAUCAUGGCGAGGGGGACUCUGCUUUUCGCCAUGCUCUUUGCAUUCAACCCUGGGCCUCUCCGUGCCACAAAGUAUAGGACCCAGCUACAAGGCAGUGGAGAAUCAGGCACAUUGGUGAGCAUUUGCUGGCAGGACUUGUCCCAGUGAAGUCCUGGAGGUAACUGCUCAGCACCAACAAGAAGGGGGCAGUCGGGCCCUGGAUAGUGCCCAACAUUCAGAUCAGCACAAAGUGGGGGAUUUUCCCCCCAAUAAAAUCUUUUUUAUAUUAAUAGAGAAAAAAAUUAAAAGCAAAUAUCAUCAGUUAAUGGGGCGAUUUAGCACAUUGCUAUGACAGUGUUAUUAAAGGGUAAAUGUCAUGGGCCUGCUACUCUAGUUGCCUUCCACGUCUGUCCUCACUCAACACCUAUGCAAAGUAAGUAUAAAAUGCUGCCACAGGGCCAGAGUCUGCCACCUUUACUGAUGGUACCUUGUUCCACAAGAAGCUCUGUUGAUUUCAAAAUAAUAAGCUUACUUAUAGAGUAAAGUGCUACUCAAUAGAAGUAAAGGUGCUGUAACCUGUCCUUUGCUAGCAUUUUACAGGGACUUUGCAUAAGUGUAAAAUGGCUGCACAAGGUACCAAACAGCAGAGGAUCAGGCCUUGUUUUUUUCAAAGUAGGUCCUAAUUGCAGUUUAAUAACAGGUGGAGUGUGUUCUGAAGUUCUGUAGAUUUUAUUAUGUAUCUCCCACUAACACACAACUUUCUUUCUGGGACUGUAUUUAUUAGAUUUGAUUUCUGGUUUUUUUUUUUUUAAGGUAUGGGUUGUAAAUUGUAAACAAAUAGCACGUGUAUAUGAAGCUGAAGUUUACAGGUAUGUUUAAAUUAAGUGUCCCAAUAUUUAAAAAAAAAACCCUCUGUAUUAUAUUGUGCAUCUCUGAUUACAAUAAAGUAACUUUGUCAUGUUAGAUUUUCUACCAUUAGUUAAUAUGCCAUCUUUUCCAACUACAUUCUUGAUUCAACCACCAUAAACAUGGACAAAAUAAGGUACUUUUUUGGAUCCAUAUUCAAAUGCAUAUGUACUGGACUAUGGAUCUCUUGAAUUGCUUUCGUUUUCUUGUUUUGAUUUUUUUUUACUCAUUCAAACAUAUGACCUCUGGCCUGCCAGUAAAUCCUUAGCUUUCUUGGUUUGUUAACAGCACAUAUAUUCUGCUUAUGUAAAAUAUUGUUCUGCUAAAUAAUUUAAAGCUGUGAUUUUCAUUUCUGUUUUGAUAGAAGAAAACCAUUCUGGCAAACCUUGUACUCUUUAAAGCUUGCUUAUAUGUGACUCUAAGUUAUCAAACCCCAAGAGCCAGCUGAAAAGGCAUUUGAGAUUCAGAUCCUGCAAAAACUUAUGGACGUGAGUAACUUUAAAUACGAAAUAGAAAGCAGAAAUAAGCACUACUGCCAGUAGUGUUUGUAGUAUUAGACCCUCGACUUUUAGAGUCUUAUUUUUCUAAACCCGAUAAAAAUCAUUGUCUUGGAACAGACAAAACUUUUAUUUGUUGUUACCUCUGUACUUUUGCUAGCUAAUCUGUUAUUAAAAAUUAUUUGUGCUCCUAGACAAUAGCAAAAGUGCCUAGCAGGUUUUUGCAUUACGGUUAAAUCUUUAUUACCAUCACUGUUUAAUGAAUUGGGUGGAAUAUUAGCUACUGCAAUACUGGUACUGCAGGCAGGAUCACUGUUGGGAUGAAAAUAAGAAUUGAUCAUUUGUUUUUUUAAUAAAUAUUUGAACA